AGUGUAUAUACUGCAGAAGCAAGAGUGUAUAUAUAAAGUUCAUAAACAGUUCCAGUUUUGUCUUCACCAGAAUUUUUUUGUUGUUGUUUUUAAACCUUUUUCUGGUCCCCCACCUCCUGCUUCUCUUCCUCCCCCUCCCUCUUUCAGUUCUGGUGCGUAACAGGAGCCACACGAUGAGUUGUGGAUGAGAGGAGUCAGUUUGAAAGGGAGAAGGAAGGCAGCACAACACAUGCACACACACUCACGUCGGAACUUAGAGUGAGUGACCAAGCAGCGUGCAAGACUGUAGAGUUGGAGUGGCCGGGGCUGGGGGCUGCAGUGUUCCAGUACACUCUCUCUCUCACUCUUUCUCUCUCUCCCUCUCUCUCUACAUCUCUCUCUCUCUCCCUCUCUCUCUCUCUCUCUCUCUCUCUCUCUCUCUUUUUCUCUCCCUCCCUCUCUCUCUCCCCUUCUCCCCCACCUCUCUGUCUCCUCACAUGAGCCCUGGGUCUAAAUGCAAAGCUGUGGAACUGCUACAGCAGAUAUGAAGCUCUCACACACGGACUCCACACACACAGGGGUUCAAGAUGAUGACAGAUGAUCAAUUGCUUAUUGAUGAAAUGAGGAGAUAAGAGAAGAUAAUAUAAUCUUGUUCUUGCUGCUCAUUGCAACUGGAGAUUGUUCCAGACUACAGCAAAAUGUCAUUGUGUCACAGACUCCAUAGAUAAGGAGCAGCCUGCUGAAUCAGCCACAUCAGCAUCAUGGCAGGAGAGGCUAAAUGGACAUAUGCCACCAAAGAGCUGGAUGCAGAGAACAACCAAGAAGAAAAGAAGCUUGUAAGUGUGCAGUUCAACAAGAAAUCGUCAAAAGGAUCCCCUGAGCACUUUCAGAAUGUGUGUGUGGAGACCCAGACUGCUAACAAUAAUAGUAAGUUUGUAGAAAAGGAGAAAGACAACAAUCAACAACGUGAAGCUGUUAUCCGGCCACAGCAGGCAGGAAAAAUAGAUUUCAAGUCGCUUCACAGCCGUUCGAACUUUGCCAGUGAUAGAACAUGGCCUAAUGGCAAGGCCAGUCCUCAAUCUCCCAGUGGGAAAAGUCGUAUACGGGAUAAGGGGAAAAAGUCAGGAAAAACAGACAGUGCUAAACCACAACAGCUGUGCAGACUGAGUACUACCAAUUCACGUUCCAAUCCCACAAUAGGUAUAGCCUAUCCACAGCAGAAGCUUUCAUCUCCCAAGAAGCUGGAGGCCAGCCGUGGUCCUGUUUCAGGCAGCUACAGGUUUCAUGUACCAAAUAUCCCAGAGCGAGAAUCAGAACUGCAGCAGGAGGAGUUCAACUAUUGUUUCCAGGAGGGCUCUAACCUCAUUUCUCCAAGCUAUACCUCACCAGCAGGGGGCUCUUCUCACCAGCACCCGGCAACCACUGCACCUCAGCAGCAACCUGGUGCAUUGGAGACCAAUAACACGCAACCUGUCAACCAAAUGCUUUUCACUGACUUUCAGCUGAGUGGAGCUGACAUGUGGCAGUCUCCUGACAGGGCUUUCAGUAAUGCUAGUUUUGGGGUCCCAUCACAAAAGUCUAACAAUGUUGUGGAAGUGAACAAACCCAAUAGCUUUGUCCCAUUACCUUUUCAGUAUGGGUAUCCAUUGCUGGAUAAUGCAGAUUCGUUUCCCUGUGACCAGAACCCACAGCCACAAGAUUUAAUAGAAGCAUCUUUGGGUUCUAGCCAAAUGAUUCAAAACUCGUUUUCUUUUCAGUCUUCUGGGGAGGAACAUAAGGUUGUGCAAAGCAAUACAAAACUUAGUUAUGAACAUUCAGAGGACAGGCAAUAUUCUGUACACUCCAAACCUUCCCAGUAUGUGCAGACUCCCCAUGCUAUUCCAUCAUCGGUACAUUGCACAAGAAACAUAGGAGAUGGUCUUAGUAAUGGUGAUAGCAAAGAACCAAACAAUCAACAACCAGAAAAGAAAAAGUGUGCUUUAUCUGACACGUCAGAAAAUUAUUGCCCAGUAGACUCUAGGGAUACAGGUGCUACUGCAGAGAACAAAAGAGGCUGUCAUUCACAAAACAGUACAUCUACUCAGAGAAUUCAUGUUCAAGGCAGUGUACAACACAUCAGAAAUAUUGCACAGAGUCAAGGUCCCCAAAUACACUUUUCGAAAAAGAAUUACAGUUCUCCAACAAAUAUCAUUCAUGUGGGCUCAGCACCACUUGACAAAAACAAUAGGGUAGUACAACCAUGGGAAGGACCCAACAAAGCCUUCACAUUACCUUUAGAUCAGAACUCCACCCCGUACACAUUUCAGUGCCAACCUCCCCUUGAGCAAAGACAAAAUGUAGCAAUUAACAGCCGCAUGCCCUGGCAACAGAUCCGGCUUACUGCAGCCAUGCCAAACCAAAACAGGAUUGAGCUUUCCAGGCAACUUAGCAAUCAGCAAAUGGCUUUUUUGAUAACUCCCUCUGACUGGAAAGAGGAUAGUAAGUCUCAAAAAAAUUGCACACAGAGAAACUCUAACAAAUUUCCCAACAAUAAACCCAGUGAAGCUUAUUCAAAAAUCAGGCAAGACAGUGUCAAGCAGGGGUGUAAUACAAUAUCACCAUGUCAAUUUACAAAUAAACUGGAAUCAAGCCAAAACCAAGUUGGAGAUGCCAAAAACAAGUCAGUAUACUUUGCUGUAAAUCAUGCAGUGCAUGGGUCCACACCAAGAACCCCCAGUUAUCCCACAUUACAUGGUCCAUCUAUGGAUCUAAUGAUGGUGUCCCCGUAUGAUUCACCCUCCCACUCACCCAUGCAAAACCAAAUGACCAGCAGCACAUGUUCUUCUCAUUCACCAGACUCUACUAGCCCUGCCAGCAGCAGCUCUGAUGACAGCCAGAAGGCAUCUCCAAUUCAGUUUUAUAAUCAGGCAAAAUGUAAGGCAUCACUAGACAACCUGAGUUCUAACCAGCAUCAAUACCAUUCAGAUGUUUCCCAAAGCCUGCAGUACAACCAAGAAAAAUCCAAAGAGAAUAUUGUCAGUUUUUCUUCAAAUAUCAGACACGGAAAAUCUAAUGUGGAAAGUGGGAAAGGUGGCUUGAACAGCUAUGGAAUGGAGCAGCGUCCACCACCACCAUAUUCAACUCAUCAGCUAUUGGCUAGUUCUUUAGCCACAGCAAACCUUGACCAACUGGAUGUACUUCUCACUUGCAAGCAGUGCGAUCAGAAUUUUAAUAACCUGGCUUCUUUUCUUGACCAUAAGCAAUACUGUGGACAGCAUACAUUUGCACAAAAUGACUUCAAAGAUAUCCAGAAAGUGGAAGAUACAAGGAAAUUUCAUGCAGAUCACACAAAGGCUAUUUCAUCUGGUACCAAUUUUGCCAUGUCACGAAGUUCAUCUGAUUUACAGAUGUCCCUGCUAGGGCUUAACAAGAAUGGGGAGAUAAUGCCUGACAGUGUAGCCAAAGUUGAUGCAAAAGAUGAUCCUAUGAAACUCAUGCUGCCAUCUGCACCACUUCCUGACUUAGAGAUGGAAGAUGCUAAGUUGGAUAGUCUCAUUACUGAGGCAUUGAAUGGCCUUGGGUAUCAGUCAGACAAUGCAGAAAUUGAUAGUAGCUUUAUUGAUGCAUUUGCAGAUGAUGAGAUCACCACUACAAAAUGCUCAUCUAGUAGACAAUCUCUAAAAACCAAGGACUCUGUGAUGCUAGAGAGUCGGCGUAAGCAUGAAUUCACAUCCAGUGAAAAAUCAUUAACACAGCAAAAGUAUACUUUUGAUGCUGACUUUGACUGCCUCACUGCUGAAAGCAAACAUGCUGAUGUUACCUACAAAGAAAAUAUCCGGGAUUCAGAUGCACAUAUAGAAGGUACCAGAGAGGAGACCUCUCUUGUGAAGAGGGAAUCCACUUUGGAGGAAUCUAACAUGUGUAAAGAGUGGGUUAAAGAGACACAAAAAUCAGAUAAGACAGCAGAUGAAAUUGAGCUUGGUCCGAGGUUUCUCUUGUCCAGAAAGUUUUCAGAAAGAGGUGGACUCAAAACGUUGCAAAGCAUCACCCCUUCAGGCAAAACACCUGCUCCUCAAUCCCCAUCUGCCACUAGAAGUCCCACACCUCAGAAGCCAAUAGUAAAGGAGAGGAAAAGAAAAAGGAUUAGUGGAGGGAGUUGGAGUAAGGAGCUCAUUCACAAAAUAGUUCAGCAGAAAAAUAAGCUUCAUAAGCUCAAUGUAAAAGGCACUAAAAACAUGCAGUUCUCACUUGUGAUGGAAAGGGUGACACCCACAGUACAGAAUCCUACGUUCAGGGAGUAUGAUUACAUCUCUGAUUCAGAUGAGGACUGUGAGCCUGUGAAGAUAUCUGGCCAGGGGCGCCUUAGUCAGAGCAUCCGUUGCAAGUACACAUAUACAAAAGAAUGUAAAGGAAGAAUAAGAGCAGACAAGAACAGGGAAAGUCCAUGGAAGCAAGACAAGAUAGAGAGCUUUGAAUUGAAGAAAGUUGGAACUGUCCCUCCACCCUCAAUAAAUGAAAUCUCUGGCCAUCAGAGGGUGCGAAGGCGAAGCAGCAGAUCUUCAACCAGCAGUGAACUCAGCACGUCUGUAAGUGUCUCUAGUGAAAGCCUCAGUAGCCCUAAAAGCAUUGAUCGCACAGAUUCAGACUGUGAAAAAAGAGUGGAGAUAAGGAAAAAAGACCAUGAUUCUUUUGAUCAGGACAGAUCUCCACAAAGAAUACUAAAAGAGUCAAGCACAUCAUUAGCUUUGACCUUCACCAAAAACACAAAACAUUAUAGCACUGAUAAGAUUCUACUCUCUGAACUCAAAGACAGUUUUACUACAUCAAAAUGUUCAAAUGUCAUCAGUACCACAGAAGAGACUGCAUCAGAGCACACCUUGACUAAAAGUACUGUCAGCCUUGCAAGAUUCAAAACUACCAGAUUAGAGGUAGAGGAAAAAACGGACCACUAUGGCUCUGAACUGCGAAUUGCUGCAAACACAGAAGAGGCCACACCACUCGGCAAAGACUACAAAGAUUAUAAACAGGCCAGCAUGCAUCUCAGAAGGACUGGCAUAACAAUAAAUUCAGUAAAGACUAAAAAUGAAAUCAAAAGAGAUCAUGCUUCAUCAAAUGGAAAAACAUUACAUAAGAACAAAGAGUCGUACCAAGAUUCAGCAUCCUCACCAGCUUCCUUUGAGAACUUUAGGAAUGAUAUUUCUGAAAUCAAAGAAACUGAAAAGACUGAUCAGAGUGACUUAUUCACUGAGCAACAAUCACUUUGCAGUUCAAUCAUGGAUGAAGAAUGUUUAUCUUCUGCUAAACUUAAUAAUGCACUUCCACAGAAAGACAGAACCUGUCUUAUGCCUUAUACAUUAGAACAUGAACAGAGUCUUAUAAAAUCACCCCUUUCAUUUGAUACAACAUCAAUGUUUGGUGACCUCACAGUUGGUGGAUUUGACAACAACCUGUACCCAGAUAUUCAACUAAACAAAGAAGGCUUCAGUCCAAUGGAGACUGCAGCUGACAAGAAAGAGUUGUUUGAAUCAUCCUUCUCACCAUUAUUAGAGCAGAGAGAUUGGAGCUUGAUGGUUGAUGUGACUCCUGAACUACCAGAUGUUAUUGCACAAGAGGAUUCAGACAUAGCAAAUGAUAAAAAGACCUGUUUUAAUCCAGUUCCUUUCACACUGACAGAGAAAAUAAUGGACUAUCAUCCAAAUCUCAAUGGUUGCCUCUCUGACGAUGAGCUUGAGAUAAAGAGAAUUGUGACAGAACUUGAGAGCCAGCUUCAGUCAGCUAAGCUCAGUAGUCCUUCUCCACUUGACAAUGAGCCACCAAAACACUUGACUAUGAGUAAGUUUUCACCAUUAAGACUGGAUGAUAAUGAAACUGAGAGUGAUCAGAGUAGCAUGAAGGUGGUUUGCACAACAGAAAGCUUAGGACUUGCAGCACCAACAGACUCACACUCAGAACUUUUCUCUGAACCUGACCUGCCAUGGUCCAGUCCAGUUCAGUUUGUUUUAAUGGGUGGACAACAGUGCCUCCACACCCCGACACACUCGACAGUGACAGACAUUCCAAUUCAUGAAACCUUAGAUGUAAAGGGAGGUGCAGAACUAAAUAUCCUGUCCACAGAGAAACCAGUGGAACUAAACAAUGAUGAAAAAUCUGACAGCAGUGCUACGAACAAAUCAGAAGAGAUGAUUGAACAAGAAAUAUACACAGAAAACCUCAAGAAAAGCCUAGAAGUGAUUUCAGAUUCUUUGUCAUCAGGGCUGGAAUCAGCUCAGUCAUCUAUUCAGCAAAUAGAAUGCAGCAAAGAGCAGGAAAAAGAUGAUGAUGAAAAGACUGGGUUCCCAAAUGAGUCUGAAAAAGUGGACUCUAGAUGUGCUGUGACAGAACUUACUGCCUGCUCUUCAGAUUUGAAUAAAACAUUGAAGGAGCCAUCCAAGCUUAUAGCAGAUGCUCUUUGUGACUCAAAUAUUGAGAGUAAUGAUGUCAGGCUGCAUGACAAGGACACACAGGUAAACGAGCUACACCCUGCAAGCACUUGUAUUUCAAUCAACAAAUCUGAAGAAUCAAAGUUUCCACCUGUUUUAUUUAAUCAUAAAACUUGUGAACCACCAGUAGAGACAGGGAAAGUUAAUACUGAGCCAGAAGUUCAGAAGUCCAAAAGAACCAAAGAUUUUUUUUCAGAGGAGUCUCCCAGCAAUCCAAAUGCCUCAACAACAUUACCAGAUGUGGUAAAAGAUGAAAGCAAAAAGGCCCUCAAACAAGUAAGCAGCCAAGCAGAAGAGAUGUUCAUAGAAACAAAUGCUACCAAAGAUUGCAAUGCCAUGCUGGAAUCUCCAUCAGUCAAUCUUUGUGCACAAGCUGAUAAAACUGAAAUUGACAAAGUGGAGAGAGCAAGAGAUAAUGAAAUGCCAGAUAAUGCUCCAGUCCUUGAGAGCAUUAAGUCUCCUCAUAGUGAAGAUGGCAAGUCAAGAGAUGACACAGAUACAGAGAGCCCUCACAAGCAAUCACAAAUGGACAAAGUGGAUCAGAGCUGUGCAGCCACAUUGAGAAUGCCAUUUUCUGAUGCACACAAUUUAUGUGACGAGAAUGCACACAUCAAUGGGAAUGACGAUCCAAAACUAGAACCUAUACCACCAAUUAUUCCAUCACCACUGGGUUCCCCAUAUGUUCCAACAAAGAGUUCAUCUUGUUGGACCAAUAUUAAUAUAAUUAAUCCUACUUUGAUUGACGAGACACUAACUUUUAAGAGUUCUGCUGAUGUGGAUAUUGCUAGGUCACUACACACGUGUGAUUCAUCAAAAACAGCUACAGAGAUAAAUCAUUCUUUUACUUCCAAUCUGAACUUUGCAGAAACAGCAGAAGGCAAAAUAUCUAGCCCUACAACAAUGUUAGCUGUGGACAGUAUCUCCAAGCAAGCUUUUUACGAGGCAAAUGAGAAAUCAGAAAUAUUGGAUGUUACCCAAAGCAAAGACCCACUGUAUGAAUUUAAAUUAAGCCCAAUGAAUUAUAGUGAAACACAUUUCAAUACCUGCAGCCUAAGUUCUGACAUUUUGAAUAAAAGUAUUGAUGUUCAGUCGAACAUUAAGUCAAGCCCUAAGGACAGCCUCAACCUCAAUGCUUGUGCACUGACUCUCAACACACAGAUGUCAUCAAAUUGUCGACUCAGUCCAAUACAUGUUCAAAAUGAGCUUGAAUUAACUACCUAUGAUCACUUGGUCAAACUAGACAUGCCAAAUUUUCAUGACGCUACAAACCCAAAUGAUAUUAAGUACUGCUGUAUUUCACCCACCAAUAAUCACCUUGCGGAACAUAGAGCGUCAGAUGAUACAGAACAACUCUCAAAACAACACCAAGAUAAUAUAAACACCUGUCAUGUUCCUCUUGAUUCUAUUGAUUACAUGGACUUAAACAUCAAUCUUCUGAGGAAGUCAGAUGCUGAGAAUGUGGAAGGUAAGAUAACUUUCAAGCUUGAUGCAUUGACUCAGAACCCUGUUAUGUCCAGUGUUCAAGAAACACCAAAUCUUAAAGAGCAAUUACCAUCAGGAUCCAUAAGUAUGACAAAGUCAAUCAUGGGACAGUGUACAAAGCUGUCAGAAGUAAAGACCUUGCCGAAAAAAGGUGGCACACAGAAUGCAGUUCAAGGGAAAUUUCAAUGUGAAAUAUGCAUGAUGUAUUUCCGAACUCUACCAGGACUUAAACGACACAAAGCCAUGAAACACACUGUUAAAACUGAAGUAAUAACAGUGCAAAACAGCCAAAGCUUUGUGCCACAUCCAGUAGAUAAGGAGCUGGAAGAUAGCAUGCGGAUCCUUGAUCCAGUGGUGUUGCUGAAUCCCAGCUCUGAUGCAACACCUGAAACACAUUGCAAUUUAGCGGCUCUAAAUUCAGUAUUUGAAGUCAAGGAAAAAGAAUUACUUGUUUCACAAAGUACAAUGGGUAAUGACAAAGAGGACAUGCCUCCAGUAAUUGAGAAGGCAAAGAAAAAUAAAGUUAAAAGAAGCAAGAGCAUGGAUGUCACCAAUGAAGGGUUCAUUCACAAAUUAGUAAAGAAGGACCCUUUCCCAGACGAAUUGCUCAGUAUUCUUAAAACAGACAUAUUACAGGCCAUUUCCCCUGAUUUUCCUACAAUGACACAACCAGAAUAUCCCAGGUCAAGUGAAAAACUGAGUACAGCUAACAGUCCCAAUUAUCAAGAAGUAAAUGUCACAGAAGACAUUCAGUGCAUAGAAAAGCAAGAGAUAACAGCUUUGCCCAAGUGCCCUGACAUGUACCACCAUGCAUCUGAAGGAGACAAUACAACAGCAAAGCCAGAGAUUUGUGCAAGCCUAAAUGCUUUAGAAAAUAAUGGACAGGCAAAUGAUUCCAUUUCUGGGGAAUAUCUUGGCCUUAAAGAAAUCUGUGAUCCAUGUGAGGAUCCUUCAGUUGCAAUUAAAAGUGAGACAAUGAGUUAUCCCACAGAUGAAAGCGCGUCCCAGUCUGAGGGUUAUAAAGAUCCACCAAUAAGCCCUAGUGGCCUGGGCACUGACCUCAAAGAUCUCUUUGAUGAUGAAAACACAUUCUCCCAAUUAUUCCCAAGGAAUGAUGAAAUGAAAAGGAAAAAGUGUCCACGUGUUUACGGUAAAAGUAACAAAAAGCAGAAACAAAUACUGAGCUUAGUUUCUGACUAUACUGGCUCAAACACAUUUUCUGCUAACAAUGAAGAGUGUAUGAAUAAAACAGACAAUGUAUUUGCUAGCAGUCUGGAAGAACAUUGUGAAUAUGAAACUAUAUCACUCGAUGAUGCUAAAAUGCUUGAGAUGUGCCAUAAGAGCACACUCAAAAGUUCUCCUCAGAAAACUUUUCCAAAAGAUGUCACAACAGAUCAUCAAGUUGGACAUGUAGACACUCAAGAGGCUAGAAUUAGUGACUUUUUAUGCCAUACAGAAGAUGCCAUUCUAAAACCUACAGUGAACUUAAAUGGAUCUGAGGACAAAAAUACAGAUGCAGGGUCAGAUGCCAAGGCAAACUGUAAAUCUGAUGAGCCUUGCCCUCUGCAGUUGGUCUGUGUUCAAGAUAAUUUGCCUCAGUACCCAAGCAUUGACAUUCAGAAGUUUAACACUACAUUUCAGCUCCCUGAAAUGACAAUUAUUGAGUCUGAAAGAGAUAUGUCUGUGGUUGAGGCCACUGUGCCCAAGAAAUCACCCAAGAAACCCACAGAAUGCCGGAAUAGAAAACGAAUUGAGACUGGACUGAAGUCCAAGGACAAGCAGUACAAAUGCAAAGUGUGUUUCACAUGGUUCCUCACAUUAGGGGAGUUGGACUUCCACAAGCUUUCUCACAAUCCUUCACCUCCUCCAACAUGUUAUAUGUGCGUCCAGCGCAAAUUUAGCUCUCGUGAGCAACUUCGAGACCAUCUGAGGGAGAAGCAUGUCAAAAAUAAAGCAGGUGUCUGGACUUGUGGCAUGUGCUUGAAGGAAAUAUCGGAUGUGUGGAUGUACAAUGAACACCUGCGUGAACAUGCCACACAGUUUGCACGAAAGGGUCAGUCUCAAAGUUCCUUGCUGGACAUGCCAGGCUGCUUCAUGCAGGAAAAUGCUGUGAAGAACUUCAUCUCUUCAAUCAUGCAACAUCAGUCAAAAAAGUCUUUGAAAGGGGAGAAUGCGAAAUUAUCUAAGGAGGAGAGGAAAGCUUCGACAGAUGUUUCUGGAGUAGAGCAAAAAUCCUCAGACACAUGUGAGCCUGAAACAAUAAAGAGCAAAGUAGUAAGUGCUGGAGGAGGAAGCAAACAUAGUAUAUUUACUCCCCUUGAAGUUCUGCCCAAAUCAGACACUACCCCAAAAACCAUUGAAAUGCAUCCCAACUGCAAAGAUCCCUCAAGGGACUGUCACCAUUGUGGCAAGCAGUUUCCAAAACCAUUUAAGCUUCAGCGACACUUGGUGGUCCACAAUUUGCAAAAGAUUUUCAUGUGUCAUAAAUGUCCAGUCUCAUAUCAGCAAGCAAAAGAGCUUAAAGAUCACCUAAAAAGUGAACAUGAGGAGGUGGAUGAACUCGAUUCAAAGCACACUACCCUGUAUACAUGUGAACUUUGUGCUGAUGUUAUGCAUGUAAUUAAGAAGUCCUUCAUCUGCAGUACCUGCAACUACACUUUCUCUAAGAAAGAACAGUUUGAUCGUCAUAUGGAGAAACACCUGGCAGGUGGUAGCAAGAUAUUUAAGUUUAGGGGAGUGAUGAGACCCUGCAAGUUCAAAGAGGAUGAUUUUGAUAUGCCAGCAAAUAAGAGGAGGAAGAUACUGCAUGCGAAUUCUCAAGAAGACAAUUUGAACAUUACCAGCAUUACAUCCGUACGCUUAAAACAAAGUACAGACAUACAGGAUCUGAAACCAGUAAUGGACAGCUCAUGUGACAGCACUGAUGAAGACAAACAGCCUACUGACACAAAUAAUACAAGUGUAAAAAUUGAGGACGUGGUAGAAGAUCUUUCUGGGGAUCUGGAAAAACUGGAGCAGCAUCAGUCCCAAAUGACUUCUACUGAAAACACCCUUAACAAAAAGAAAAUGGCCAAGGAAGAAGAUAACGAAGACUUGCACAUGACACAUGCACAUGACAUUCCAGACACAGGUACCAAAGAGGUUGGUACACAUUAUAAGGUUUCCCUGACUGAGAUCUGUGAUGUUAAAGUUGAGGAUGACUGUGGAGCAACUCAGACCACAUCAAAAUUACCAUUUUCAAAUGAGAGUAAUGUCCCUGAUAACAAGAUAAAAGAAUGCACCGCUUUGUUAAAUGCAGAUGAAAAGGACACCAAUUCAGCUCUGUGCAGUUUGCAAUUUCAUAAUCAAACAAGUAAAAUCAUGAAAAGCCAUCAAACAGAAGACCUUUUGCCUAAAGAGGAUUACAGUACUAAUAUUAUCAGACUUCCAUCACUAUCCAAUGAGACAAAUCAGCUGAGGCAGAACCAAGUAAAUGAAUCUACUGGGAAUAAAAAUGAACAAGUCAUAAACAAUAAUGGCCAGCCAAUGUGUGUCCUGGCUAAAGAAAGAACAUUGAUUAAGGCAGAGGAAAGCAUUAAGCAAUGCCCUGACAAUAGUACAAAGUCUGGCAUUGGAGUUACAGAUGCUGCAGGUGUAAAUCAUACCAGGAUUUCCCUCAGCACUUUAACAGCUGAGGACUGUGUGAAACUGAAAAAAAGGAAAGAUCUCAAGACAUUACCAAGUUUGCCAAGGACAACAUCUACUGUUACACGUGAGAAUCUUGGAAUUGACCCAAAAGUCAAAAAGAAAUUUCGGUCUAACAAAUGUGAGAGAGUGGCUGGUCAACGGAAAGGUGACAUCUCUGUAGACUAUCCUGUGCUCACAUCAGUAAAGGAUGAAAUGACCAGUAACAAAAUUGUCUCAAAGCACAAAACAGGAUCUCUGGACUUACAACCAAAGAGAGGUUCUGACAAUUUUUCACCCAAGAAAGAAGAGCUUGUCCGUCAUAUGAAUUGGGAUUGCAGAGGGAAAAAAGGUGUACCUGGUAGAGCCAUCCAUUCUGCCACCUCUAAGGUGUCAGUAACCUCUCUGAGCAAUUCAUUUAACAAAUCCCGACCCAAGCUUGGGGUCAAGUCUGUAGAGACACAAUCUUAUCAUACUGCAGAGUCACAUAACAGCCUCCUUAGCAAGCUAUUUGGCCAAAGACUCACUGGUUUUAAGAUUCCAUUAAGGAAGGACACUUCUGAAUCCAUUAACUGAGAAUAUGAUGCUACUAAGGAGGAGGGAACUACGCUAUCCACUAGUUGAUCAAGACAUUAUUUUUUUUAUGAGAAUGAGAUUGUAUGCCCCUCCUCUAAGAAUUGAUUUUUUUUAUUUUAUAAUUAGUCACUUUAUUGCCUUGUAUCUUCUUGUAAAUGUUUUCAUGUGAUGGUGAGGACAUGUGAUAAAGUUUAUAAAUAUGAAAUGAACUAGCUGGUUUGCCAGCCAACUUUUACAAAUAACUUUAUUUUCUCUACCUUGAACAUUAAGUUACAGAGUCUGUUUUUCAUGAAAAAAAGAAAAUAAUUGAAAAAAAAACAGUACUUGAAAGUUAACUGACUUUUUCCAAUUAUGCAUGACAUUCACCAUGUGUUGUAGAUGGGGUUUAUUUCAUUUUAUUUUUUUUGUAACAGUACCAAAUGAUAUUUCUUUUCUGAACAACAUCAAUGUGCCUUUUUUGUACGCUUCAUAGAAUUACGCUUUCAUACUCUCUUACCUUACUGUAUUGCAGUGACAUUCAAUGUAUUAGCUUUUGUAUAAACAUACUUGGUGCUAUAUUAUUUUGAUUUUUAUUGUAAUGUGAACACAAUUGUCCUCUAACUGAAGGGAACAUGUAGCGGAUACAUUCAUCAAAUCAUUCUUGCUGGUACUCUAUAGUUUCUUGAGGAAAUGAGAAAAAUACUGUGCAAAAAAAAAAGGGUUGAUUUGGCAAAGUUUUAAUUUGGUCUCCUCAAAAAAGGGCAUUGGAAAAUCCUUUUCUGUGACUAAAUUCACUUUAAUAUCUGUUUGAUUUGAUGAACUCAGGUGCUAACAAGGAAAACUCUUGCGCAUGAACCCCUUAUUAGGAAUUCCUCUCAUGCACUGAUGUUACUACAUACCAAAUCCACAAUCAGUUAGCUAGAUGUCAUCCAAAUGUUUUAUUAUAAUUACUAUUAUUUACUAGAACACAAAAGGUGCUUUAUCUUGUUUAUAUGUAUCUUAUAUUGUAUUAUAUUGUAGGUAGAUUAUCUUUGGUGCAAUGCAUAAUGUCAAAGUUCUAUUUUAAUAAUGUGCAACAGAUGAAGAGAAUGAGAAAAGGGAAUUGCUAAGCCUAGCAAAGGCUUAUAAGUGGUUCACAAAAUGCCUCAUAUAAAGUUGGUUAUUAAAAAUCUGCAGUCUU